AUGGUCGAUCUCUCGCCAAAGAAGAAGAUUCCGUCCACCCUAUACAAACAUGUCAGCAUCCGCAUUGUCAACAAUGGCGAUGAGGCUGCCAUCGUCCGUGUCAUGGAUCUACUCGACAAGAAUGACCAGCCGGAACUGGGCGACAUGAGCGAUCUGGACCCCGUCAAAGUCAGUCUCACCAGGUUCGCGGCGGUCCUUAGGCGGAGGAAGAAGUCAUUCGAAUACCCCGCUAAUAGCCUCAUUACUUUCAAGUACAUUUUGACUGGGAAUCAACAGAUUGCGAUCACGAAGAGCGAGCAGCUCGCAUACGCAUUGGAACUACUGCGUACAAUGGGAAAGAGCAAGAUUGAGAUGAGGGUAGACACAAUUGCAGAGGAAGAGGAAGAGGGAGAGGAGAUUUGUUUGGAUAGGUUGGAUAGGUUGGAUAGGUUGGAUAGGUUGGAUAGGUUGGAUAGGUUGGAUAGGUUGGAUAGGUUGGAUAGGUUGGAUGAUGAUGGCAGAGAAGUUGAAGGGUAG